UGUUCAGCUUUCCUAUGGCUUGAAGGUGGAAGCUGUUAAUUAAGGAGCCUUUUGGUUCUAGACUUGGCGCUCCGGUACCGCUUGCCGUGCGGUAGCAGAGAAAACAGUCUAUGACUGGAGUCUGACGAUUUUAUGGGCUUUCCAUUGUAUGUGGAAAUAACUGUAUGAUGGCCAAUGAGGCGAAGCCGUGUCCAUGUGACAUGGGAUACAUGAUGGAGUACGGAGGUGUUGGCCAGGAGGUCCAGAUAGAACACAUCAAGGCCUACCUGGUCAAGCCUCCCUCUGAUUCAGACAAGGCUGUCAUCAUCAUCCAGGACAUCUAUGGCUGGAAGCUACCCAACACCAGAUACAUGGCUGACAUGCUGGCCUCCAAUGGAUACACUGCACUGUGCCCUGACUUCUACGUUGGAAAGGAGCCAUGGAGUCCAUCACAUGAUUGGUCUACCUUUCAGCAGUGGCUGGAAGACAAGAAGCCCACCAAUAUCAACAAGGAGGUAGACGCAGUCCUGAGGUUUCUGAAGAGCCAGUGUGGGGCACAGCGUAUUGGGGCAGUGGGCUUUUGCUGGGGGGGGGUGGCCACCCACUACCUGGCUCUGCAGUACCCUGAGGUCAGGGCAGGGGUAUCUGUCUAUGGAAUCAUCAGAGAGAGGGAGGACAGGUAUGAACUGAAGAGCCCAACACUGUUUAUCUUCGGAGAGAAGGAUGACGUCAUCCCACUGGACCAGGUGAGUGUCCUGGAGAAGAACCUGCAGGAGAAGUGUACAGGUGUAGACUACCAUGUGAAGGUCUUCCCAGGUCAGACUCAUGGCUUUGUUCACCGGAAGAGAGAGGACAUCAACACCACAGACCAGCCCUGCAUCCAGGAGGCCAGGACGGACAUGCUCAACUGGUUACAGAAAUACAUGUAGAAUAUCUACAGUGCAGUUGUCUAUCAUCUGCCGUCCGUGGUAGAGUGAACAGAAAGGAGAAAAACACAAAUCCUAUUUCACUACACCACUAACCUUAUUAAAAAGGAAUAGCUUAUAGAAUUGAUCAUCAGCUCUGAGGUCAUUUCCACACAUGUCCUUUCUGAAUAGCAGCCUAUCUGGUGAUGAUCAUGUCCUUGAUUUAUCAUGAUCACAUUCAAGCUGACGGGGUGUUUUAAUGUGGAAUCUGCAGUUGCCAUAUUUGUAGUAGACCUUAGUUUUGUACCUUUUUCUUGCAGUACAUUGUAUACAUGAUAUCUUCCUUGCAUACAUCAUCUCUUCCUUGCAUACAUCAUCUCUUCCUUGCAUACAUCAUCUCUUCCUUGCAUACAUCAUCUCUUCCUUGCAUACAUAUGGUACGUUUUGCAUACAUUAUCUGUUCAUUUUGUGUAUCCAUUGUACACAUUACCUCUUCAUUGUAUACAUUAUCAAACUAGGCAUUACUUUUAACUGCAAAGUGUAAUAGUCAUUAUAUAAAUGUAAGUAUAUUUUAUUUCUGAUUUGAUGUUUGUGUAUAAUAUCAUGUAAUACCCAAUGAUAUCAAUAAAGAUAUUAUGCUUUA